CACCCAGACAGGCGCACGCACUCACACACACACUCAUUUACCCUCACGAGUUUGCAGCGCUUUACUUUACAACAACGCUGUACCUCAUGAUUUAAGCCAUCAGACUAGUAUAUUUUAAAGAUCAUGUCGAGCGUUUAUGUGGACGGAUUCAUGCGGACUUAAAACCUUUUAGUGUUUGACGGCUGAACAUGACGGAAGCCGGUGUAGCUGACGGGGAUGUCUGAGGAUCCUGGUCGCCAGACACGCAGCCAGAAGAGGGCGCUGGACAAGGAGGUUACUCCACAGUCUGAACCCUCAGAUGCAGAAAAUGACAGCAAAAAACCUAAAUUGGACCCAUCUGAACCCCCAACAGGGGAACAAACUGAAUCUCAGCCUGACCUUUUAUUGGCACAGGACGUUGAGAGUCGGACUAGACCCACAUCAGAGCACGAGAAGGAAAAGGAUAAGGAGCAGGAGCAGGAGCAGGAGCCAGAGCAAGAGCAGAGCCUGUUGCCAUCGUUUUUAGCGUCACCCUUGGCUUCCCAGCCGGCUAAGGAUGAUCAGGAUCGGACGCAGACGCAGCAGAUGGUUGAACCCAGCUCAGAUAAUCGGACUGACUGCAACGACAGAGCCAGCACGGAAAAGAUGGAGUUGGCUGCUAUGGAUAUGAGGACCAGGGCUCCGCAGACAGAGCCAAAAGCAUCCAGUAGCGUGGUGGCUGCAGGGGAGGUGAAGGCCACCAUUAAAGUGGAAGUUCAGACAGAGCAGCCUGUGGACAUGAGCACCUCCAGAGGCAGCAUAAAAAAGGAGAAGCGGCCUCCUUCCCUUGAAGAUGACGAUGUCAUCAUCUUGUCAGAUAAUGACUCUCCCAGUCCACCGGUGAACGGCCUGAGCCACUUUAAGGAGCUGGACACAGACCUGCUCAUGAAGAGCACCCCAGCAGAGAGGGAGCGGAUCAUCAAGCAGCUGAAGGAGGAGCUGAGACUGGAGGAGGCCAAGCUGGUGCUGCUGAAGAAACUUCGCCAGAGCCAGAUCCAGAGAGACACUCUGCAGAAGCCUUCUGGUUUAUCUGGUUCCUCUGCCCCCCCUCCACUAAUUAGAGGAACGAUUACAAGCAACAAAGGCUCCCAGCAGCAGAUUUUGACAGGAAGGAGUUCAGGCACAGUCAUCCCCCCACCUCUGGUGAGAGGAGGGAGCAUGUCAUCCAAACAUGGCUCCCAGAUCAUCAUGCCACCUCUGGUUAGAGGAGCACAACCCAUCUCCGUAUCUCCACAGCAGAUCCAGGCUCUUCGCCAGCAGCAGCAGCAGCAGCAGCUGGCCGCCACUGGAGGCUCUGGAUCUGGACCUCCGCCGUUGUUGAUGGGCCCCAGGACGUCAGGCCCCGCGUCCCAGAGAGGCAUGAUCCAAUAUGGCCUCAUCAGAGUCGGCAACAGCACAAACACGCUGGUCUCAGCCUCCAGUCUGAAGGGCUCCUCUUCAGGCAGUGGCGGCGUGUCCGUGGUUGGUGUUAAUGACUCUCCAGCCAGCCGCCAGGCUGCAGCUAAACUGGCCCUGAGGAAGCAACUGGAGAAGACCCUGCUGGAGAUUCCCCCACCCAAACCACCUGCCCCAGAGUUCAACUUCCUGCCUUCAGCAGCCAAUAAUGAGUUCAUCUAUCUGGUUGGACUGGAGGAAGUUGUACAGAAUCUGCUCGAUACCAUCCACAGAGGAAAGAUGGGCGUCUCGCUGUCCAAGCCAAUCAACAGAGAGCCUUUCAUCUGCUCCCAGUGCAAUACUGACUUCACAUGCCGUUGGAGGCAGGACAAGACAAAAAUGCUCUGCGAGGAUUGCAUGUCAUCCAAUCAGAAAAAGGCUUUGAAAGCCGAGCACACCAAUAGGCUGAAAGCUGCUUUUGUCAAAGCGCUGCAGCAAGAGCAAGAAAUAGAGCAACGUAUUUUUCAGCAGACAUCCUCAUCAGUCUCCCAUAGUACUUCUUCAUCCUCUUCAUCUGCCUCCUCGUCACUGAAGGCAGAGCAGCUGGUGGCUCAGCAGCUGAAGCAGGCUCAGGCUAGAGUGUCCUCCCUCCAGCACCACCACCAGGCCAACCAGGGAGUCAACAUCGUUCAUCAUCACUCCAUCAAGCAGAGCUCGAAGGGCCACUUGUCCCAUGGUGUCUCGGCGAUGGGGGUGAGAGGCCUCCCCCAGUCCUUCUCCUCCUCCUCCCAGCUGCAGAGCGCAGUGGCGGCCGCAGCUUUGGUCAGUCGGCCAGGUAAGCAUGCCCAUGUUUCUCACCGCUCUGUCCAGAGUUCAAAGGUGAGCAGCAGUGGGAUCGGCGGCAGCAGGAAUAUCAGCGGAGGUAGUGCCUCAUCCACUGCAUGGAAGAAGCAGAGCAACAUCAAUAAAGGAGUCACCAUGGCCUACGUGAACCCCAGCCUGACUGGUCACAAGACUUCAGCCACCGUGGACGCUCGUCAGAGGGAGUACCUGCUGGACAUGAUCCCCUCUCGUUCAUCGAUCUCGCAGACUGCAAACACAUGGAAAUGAAUGAAAAUUCAGUGCUCUGUUGUUCAGAAUUAUUUUUUUGUCCAAGUUUCUCAGCUCCAAUAUCAUGGUCCACAGCACCCCUGCAGGACUGUUAAGGGAGUCACAACCUCUCUAAGUGAAGAAACGUUCUGUAAUUAAGUUUGUAUGAUUUCUUUUUUUGUUUUGUUUUGUUUUUAGUUUUCACAUUUUAUCUUGUUUAUUUUGAACUUUGCUUUUCUUUGAUAAAUAUGCCGAAACCAUUUUGAUUUGAGUGGUGCAAAGAAAGAACAAUACUUGAAGGGCUCCAUCUGGGCUCUGUUUUCCAUCCUAAAGAGUUAAAAGAUCUGUUUAUAAGAGGAUGUAUCUGCUGUGAGUGCCCUGUUUAAAAAUGAGUACUCUGUUUAAGACUUGUUAUCCCUUUCUGCCAUGAUGUGGAUCAGAUGGGCCCGAUCUUUUGACACUUGAAUGGUUAUUGUCCUACCCAAAUGUUCCCAUUCAACAAAAAAAAAGAAAAAAGAAAGGAAAAAAACACAUUUAUUUUAAGUAAAAACAAAAUAACCAAGUUGUAAAAUGUUCAUUACAUCACCUGUGUAGUUAAAGGUUUGGAUUUAUUUUGUAUUUACAGUAAGUUAUUUUGUUUUUUGACUGAUGUUAAAAAUCACUCAAUAUAAUGUGGUUUUCACUGAUGAAGACUUUAUUCUCGCUUUGUCUCUUUCUUUUUUUUCUUUCCUCUGUUUAACAGCAUGAUUAUCCUCACACCUGUUUAUCACCUUAGCUGAAGAAGCACGGUGUCAUUGCUCAAGUCAUCUGUAUUUACCAUAUGUAAUUUGCUUAUUUUAUAUUGAUGUUAACAUUGUAAGAUUAUUUUAAGUGUUAAGUCACUGAGAAAUGCAAACUCUGAAGGAGCUGAAUUUGCCACAUUCAAGUCAGAGAACUUGCCUCCAGUAUUUAUCAGUAAUCUCUGUCAUGGGAUAUUCAAUGACCUGAGUCAGUUCCUGAAGGAAACACCUCCCAGUUUCUAAGACUUCAGAUUAGACAAAACCAUCUUGACUUCUAUGUUACAUAAUAUUUCUGCUUUCCAACAAUAUUAAUUGCGUUGUUCAGAGUUAUGUUCAAAUUUAUUCUGUUUACUUUUUCCUAGCUCCUAAAGAAAUAAUAAAAAUUAUAAAUUUUAA